UUGUUUUCAGGUUGGUAUCGCGAAUGUGGAAUCAUCCCCCAUACGACAGACAUUGACAUCGCAAUCCUAGCCUCUGAAUAUACGUCCAGUAUCGAGAAGACUUUCAGAAACGAUGAUCGGAUGAAACUUUACUGGAUCCUUGGAAAGGUAGCAUCGAUCAAAGGAACCGAAUCUCCAGAUGAUUCACUCGAGCUCAGCGUCUACAUGAACGAUGUAAAAUACGACGUGUUCACUUUGUACGACAGUGGAGACAGCUCCUGGGUAGGCGGUAUGGUAGUUCAAACAAAGACGAAACUCAGGUGGACAUAUCCAAAGCUUAAAGGAUUGUGUUCGGCGGAGCUGUUGGGCGAACUGUUUUACGUGCCAUGCAAUAGCCUUGAAUUCAUCACGACGGAUUACGGUUCGACCUGGUUCAAGGUUUUUCACACUUCGAAAUAUGUAUGGCACAAAUCCGGCUCUAACAUUAAAACCGUCGGGAAGUGGACCGACAAAGAAUGGCCUUACGUGUAUCAGCUGUUUAACUGAUU